CAUCCUGGAGCCAGGCGCCGCGGGAGUCUCACUCUCGCGAUCUUUGGUCUGACUAUAAAUAAGAGGAGGGGGGCGAGGCAGCGGGGUAUUGGCUGCCGGAGCAAGUGGUGGUCGGUUUGUACGGUCCCCUGCAAGCGCUGAUCUAAGCACCUGUUCAAGAUGGCAGCAGGAAAUGCUAAAAUUGGUCAUCCUGCACCUGAUUUCACAGCCAAGGCUGUGAUGCCUAAUGGGGAAUUCAAGGAUUUGACUCUGUCCAGUUACAAAGGAAAGUACAUUGUGGUGUUUUUCUAUCCACUGGAUUUCACCUUUGUCUGCCCUACUGAGAUCAUUGCAUUCAGUGACAGAGCAGAUGAGUUUCGCAAGAUCAACUGUGAAGUUAUUGGUGCCUCCACAGAUUCCCAUUUCAGUCACUUAGCCUGGAUCAACACUCCUCGUAAACAAGGUGGUCUUGGCCACAUGAAAGUUCCACUGGUUGCUGACUUGACACAUUCCAUCUCCAAAGACUAUGGUGUCCUAAAGGAAGAUGAAGGAAUAUCUUACAGAGGUCUAUUUAUUAUUGAUGACAAAGGAAUCCUGCGUCAGAUCACAAUCAAUGAUCUUCCAGUUGGUCGAUCUGUGGAUGAGACACUUAGGCUGGUGCAAGCCUUCCAAUUCACUGACAAACAUGGAGAAGUUUGCCCUGCAGGAUGGAAGCCUGGUAGUGAUACCAUCAAGCCUGAUGUGGAGGGCAGCAAAAAGUUCUUUGAGAAACAGGCCUAGGCUCCCACAUUUUGGAUCAGAUCUGAGCACUGAAUGUUAUUUUGUUAAUGUAAAGAUUAUCUCACAGGAUCACUGGUAUUUGUCCAUCUGUGCUGCAAGUAGCAAGGUCCAGUCAAACUCUUGUAAAUGUUUUUUUACUGUGCCAGAAUAAAACAAGAUUGAAAGUUGA